AUGGCCGAGAUAGCUGUGGGUAUGGUUCUGGAGCAGUUAAUUUCAUUCCUUGGUGCAGAGGUGAAACUUUUUGGAGGGCUUAAGAAACAAGUUGAAGACAUCAUGAUUGAGCUGGAGUAUAGUGCUUGUUUCCUUAGAGACGCGGAUUCAAUGGCAGAAAAAGAGGAUACCAAUGGAGGCUUGAAACUGUGGGUCAAACAUGUACGGGAAGUGGCUUACCAGAUUGAAGAUGUCAUGGAUGAAUACAUGCUUUAUCACGUUACUCAACACCGCCAGCAAGGUUUAAUGGCGGCUUCCUUGGCCAAAAUAGUUCACCUGGUCAAGACCGUGAAACGGCAACGUCGAACAGCGUCAAAGAUAAGAGAGAUCAAAACACGCUUUGUUGGAAUCAAGGAAAGAAGUGAAAGAUAUGGGUUUAAAUUCAACACCAUGCCAAGUGUUCCAUUCGAUGGUAUCGAGAGCAACAACAGACGACAAGUAAAUCCUCGAAUGGGGCUGCAUUUUAUCGACAGUGAAGCACUCGUAGGGAUCGAUUCUUCUCUAAAAGAGUUGGCCCAUAGAGUGGCAGAUGCAGAGCUCAGACGCAUGAUUGUUUCGGUGGUGGGGAUGGGAGGGGUCGGAAAGACGACCCUUGUUAAGAGAGUUUUCGAUGAUCAAGUCGUGGCAGGACACUUUGACUGCCAUGCUUGGAUCACGGUGUCUCAAUCAUACAAGGUUGAAGCAUUGUUAAGAACCAUGCUGAGGCAGAUGUACGAGUCUCGAAAGCAGUCGCCACCCGUUAGUGUUGGCACAAUGGAUGGUGUGGAGUUGAUAAGCAAAUGCAGAGACUAUCUGUAUGAUAAAAGGUACAUCGUUGUGUUUGAUGAUGUAUGGGAGGAACUUUUUUGGCGAGAUAUGGAACAUACUUUAUUGGAUAAUAACAAAGGAAGUAGGAUCUUGAUGACAACAAGAAAUAUGAACGCUGCUGACUUUUGCAAGAAAUCUUCACUUGUCCAUGUCCAUAAUUUAGAACCUCUUCCAUUGGAACUAGCCCAGGAGCUUUUAUGCAGAACUGCUUUCCUGAAUGAUGAAGAUAGACUAUGCCCUGAAGAGCUGAAAGGUUUAGCUUUCGAGAUAGUCAAAAGAUGUGAAGGAUUGCCCCUUGCAAUUGUGGCAAUUGGUGGACUUCUGGCAACCAAAGGCAAGGAUGGUUUUCAUUGGAAACGCUUACUUGAUAGCCUCAGUGCCGAGUUCGAAAGUAGCCCACAUCUUUCACAUAUAAAACAGAUUCUUUCAUUUAGUUACUACAAUCUGCCUUACUAUCUCAAAGGUUGUUUCUUGUUCCUUGGCAUGUUUCCUGAAGAUUGUUCCAUAAAUUGCAAGAGGCUGAUUCGGAUGUGGAUCGCAGAGGGUUUCGUAAAAGGAAAACACGGUAUGACCUUAGAAGAAGUUGCAAUGACAUACCUAACCGAGCUGAUCAACAGAAGCUUGGUUCAAGUAUCAAUGAUUGAUUCUAUUGGCGAUGUUAGGAACUGCCAGCUCCAUGAUUUGAUGCGUGAAGUUGUUCUUUCCAAGGCCGAAGAACUGAGUUUCAUUCAAACAUGUCCAGCAAACUUAUCGAGUCAUAAUCGAGUAGCUCGAUAUCUUUCCAUCUGCAACAAAUCAAACAAUUCCCCAGUGACGGUCGGUAACUGUCAAACUCAUUUAGCUAUAUUCUUUGACAUAGAAGAGUUACCUAAAUCAUUAUGCGUCUUAUUCUUCACAAAGUUCAAAUUGUUGAAAGAAAUGGAUUUUGAAGGAGCUCCAUUGACUUCCAUUCCUGAGGAACUGGGAAAUCUAUUACAUUUGAAAUACUUGAGCAUCAGAGAUACAAAGGUGAAAAAGCUCCCUAAAUCAGUUGGUAAAUUACAUAAGCUUCAAACAUUGGAUCUAAAACGUUCUCUUGUAAGCGAGUUACCAGGUCAAAUCAAAACGCUCGUCAAUCUUCAAUAUCUUGUAGCUUACUACAAAGAUAAACAAAGCAUCUACAAUAUCAAUACUCGAAAAGCGAUGAAGUUAAAUGGUAACUUUGGGAGCUUAGAGUCCUUGGAAAAGCUCUAUGAGGUGGACCUGGAGGCCUACAGUGGUGGUAACUUCUUUCAUGAGUUAGCAAGAUUGAAGCAAUUGAGAAAACUAUGCAUCACCAAACUAAAAUCAGAAAAUGGGAAAGAUGUAUGUGAUGCAAUAGAGCAGAUGACCCACCUUCAAUCAUUGCGAAUUUCUGCCAUAAAAGAGGAAGAGCUUCUUCAGCUAAAUUUGAUAUCAUCUCCUCCGGUUUUUCUUCGUCAUCUAAGGCUUCGAGGAAGAUUAAUGAAGUUACCUGAUUGGAUUUCUGAACUGAGGAACCUCACAAAAGUUACAUUGGAAUGGUCAAGAAUAUCAGAUGAUUCACUUCAAAUCCUUGGUGCUCUACCAAACUUAUUGUUAUUAUAUAAUUAUAAGGGAUACAAUGGAGCUCAACUGCAUUUUCAAAAGAAUCACUUCAAGAAACUCCAGGACUUGGGGCUUUGCGGGUUAAGUGACUUGAACAGACUGAUAAUAGAUGAAGGAACAUUAACACUUCUAGAACAUCUAGAAUUUGGACCUAGCCCUCAAUUCGAAGAAUUGCCUGCUAGCAUUUCCUAUCUAAAAUGUCUUAAGGCUCUAUCAAUUAAUGAUAUGUCCAAGGAAUUCGCUCGGAAAUUGUUGCCCAAUGGAGGCUUGGAUCAUUGGAAAGUCAAGCAUAUUCCGAAUAUAUAUUUCCUUUACGACACAUUUAAAGGAACAGACCGUCAAACCUACAAGCUUGGUGACCCACACUUGUUAGCAUACCUGAGUUGAAGCACUUAUAAUAAGUAAUGAUGUUUGUAUCAUUUGCAUCUAUGUUACUUAGACAGACAUGGGAGUGUCCAAUACAGGCACAUGACAAACACGGGUAUGUAAUCUUUUUGUAAGUUUCAAUAUGUAUUUGAAGGGUCCUUAGAGGAACUAUCUCUGUAACCAUUUCUGAAAAUGUCUGACACGGAUGUCGGAUACAAUUACCUAAACAGAAUUGAAGAGUUAGAGCAACAUAGAUUUGCAUUUUUUUGAGUUUUCUAUUUCUUUUGUUUUAUGUUU